UCGGCAGUAGAGGCUAAAUAACAUUGUUUCCCUCAGAAACAGCGUGGUUAGAGCAGGAUAGCCUGUUAGCAGCGUAUUAGCGGCUAACUGGUUAGCUUGUGUUUCUUAACGAUAACUAAAAAACAAGAAAGGGUAUAGGUCUCACAAAUGCAAUUACCUGGCAGAGCCAUCAAAGAUGACUACAGCUGCAAGACCAACAUUUGAACCGGCAAGAGGAGGGAGGGGUAAAGGAGAAGGUGGGGAUUUGAGUGCCCUGUCUAAGCAGUAUUCUAGUCGAGAUCUUCCGGGUCACACCAAGAUCAAGUACAGGCAGCCGACCCAGGAUGCCCCUGAGGAGGUGCGUGCCCGUGACUUCCGCAGGGAGCUGGAGGAGAGGGAGCGUGUAGCAGCACGUGAAAAGACCAGAGAAAGGGGACCAAGAGAGCACACCACAUCAUCAUCUUCGUCAUCAUCUUCAAAGAGACCCAGACUAGAUCAGAUCCCAGCAGCCAACCUUGAUGCUGACGACCCUCUCACUGAUGAUGAGGAGGAUGAGGACUCUGAGGAGGAUAGUGAUGACGACGACACUGCUGCACUUCUGUUGGAGCUGGAGAAGAUCAAGAAGGAGCGGGCUGAAGAGCAAGAACGCAAAGAGCGGGAGCAAAAGGCAGAGGAGGAGAGGAUUCGCAUGGAGAAUAUUUUGAGUGGCAAUCCGUUGAUUAAUUUGGCAGGGCAGCAGCAGCAGCAACAACAACAACAACAACAACAGAUCAGCCAGACUCAGAAUACAUUCAGGGUCAAGAGAAGGUGGGAUGAUGAUGUUGUGUUCAAGAAUUGUGCCAAAGGAGUAGACGAUGCGCGGAAGGAGAAACGCUUUGUUAAUGACACGCUGCGCUCCGAGUUCCACAAGAAAUUUAUGGAGAAAUAUGUAAAGUAAAGGAAUUACAGUGUCUUAAUUGUAUUGUUUGUUUUUUUUAAUCUCAUUAUUUUGGUCUCCACCCUCCUGUUGCCCUCUGUCCCAAGAAUGGUAGAUGGCAUUCAAAAACAUUUUGUAUUCAAAUGCAUUAGCAUUUGUACAGUCAACACGUAAUAUGUUGUGUAUAUAAAAUUGUUUGAGUUACAUCCUUUGAAUAAAGCUUAUGAAAAUUAAAA